GUUGCGAGAUGCGAAACAAUUGAAAUUAUUGUGGAAUUUUUACUUUGUCUCCAUCAGUUAAAUUAAAAAUGAAGAAUUUUCCAGUAUUUGUAUUCCCUGUGUCAUUAGAAUUCUAUUUAAAUGCAAGGCAUACACACAAACAAUUAUUGACAGUGUACAAUCCGUACGAUUUCUCAGUUAAUUUUAAAGUGUUAUGUACUUCCCCAAAUAAGUUCACCGUGAUAGAUCCAGAAGGAGUUAUAGCGCCACAAAGUUGUAUAGAUAUAGUUGUUCGAUACACGCAGCCUUCUCUCGCUCAUUGUAAUGUAACUGAGAAAUUCAGGAUAACAAUGUAUGAUAGAAAUACUCAGCAGGCUCUGGGUAAAAGAGACAUUCCUACAAAAUUAAUAGAAGGUGAACCACUUAAUACUACCCAAGAAAGUUUUGGAGACAAUUUCCAUCCAAUAACCACCAAAACGCAAGUGAUCAGGCCACCAGAGGAACACGGGAAGACAACUUGUAAUCAUCCUUCACACCACAGAGAGCAACAGCCUAUAAAUGUUGUUGCGGUUGCAGUUAGCAUUUGUUGUAUAGCUGCAUUAUUACUACCCACCCAUCCUGAGAAUAUAACUCCAUCACAACUGCCGGACUGGCUCCACAUUGGUUCUAAUCUUAAAUUAGUAUUUUCCUUUGUAUUGGGCUUGGUAAGUAUGCUAGUAUUACGACCGUAAUUUUUAUUUUUUUAUUCCAUCCCAAAGUAUCCGUGCAGGUUUGCAAUAAAAGAUAACAAAUAAGUUACAUUUAUGUAACACAUAUAUCACAUACAUUUUUUAAAGUUUUAUUGGUUUUUAAGUAAUUUUAAUGUGUGAUUAAAAAAAGCAUUUUGCCAUAUGACAUAUAUUGUUAGGAUUGAGAUCUUAUUGACUUAUUAACUACAUGUGCAAUGUACAUUAUGUACACA